AUGAGGAAUGUUGCGCAGGAAUUACUUAAGAAGCAAUUUAUGGAGUUGAUUAGAGAUGAUACUUCUGGUUUUUCUGUGGGUUUGGAUGAUGACUCUAACUUUUUAAGAUGGAGAGUAUGUUUUGAGGGACCACCAGAUACUUUAUAUGAAGGAGGUAUAUUUAAUGCAUUAUUAACAUUUCCUGAAGAUUUUCCAAAUAGCCCUCCGAAGAUGUGCUUUGAACAGGAGAUGUGGCAUCCAAAUGUAUAUCCAGAUGGUAGUGUAUGUAUAUCUAUACUUCAUCCACCUGGUCAUGAUAGAUAUAAUGAGCAGGAAAGCCCUGAUGAGAGGUGGCGUCCAAUAUUCGGAGUUGAAAGCAUCUUAGUUUCUGUUAUUUCUAUGUUAGGAGAGCCAAAUUUGGAUUCACCUGCAAAUAUUGAUGCUGCCUUAGAGUUCAAAAAUAACAUUAAUGAAUAUAAAAAGAAAGUUAGAGCUAUUGUUAGACAAAGUGUUGAAUAA